GCUCUGCGCCCGUCCGGUCACUGCCCGCGGGGCUGGAGUGUGCGGGGCUGUGUGCGUGCGCGCGCGUGUUUGUGGAGGGGCCGCCGGGUGUGUAUCUGCGUAUGCUCUGGGCCGUCAUUGUGCCCGCCCGCCCGGGGCUCGAGGCGCGGGCCUGCCCCAGCGCAAUCCCUCCGGCGUGGGGAUGUUUUCCAAACAGGCUGCCUGCGGGAGACGGCUCUGCUGCAGCCAGAACCGGAGGGGGGAGCGCCGCCCCCACAGGCCUCCCGAGACCCGGGCGGCCUGGGGGCCGCAAACAGACACUUGAGGGAAAUGGUGCUAGAAGGCAACCCCGAAGUGGGGUCCCCACGAACUUCAGACCUCCAGCACACCAGAAACAAGGGCUCUUGCGUCCUCUCUUCUCCUGGUGAAGAGGCACAGCCAGGCGAGGAGCCCAUCAAGUAUGGUGAACUCAUCGUCCUAGGAUGCUGUGAGGAAGGAGGUGAGGAAACCGAGGCUCAGAGAGGGGAAGUGACUGGCCCAAGGGCACACAGCUGCUACAAUGGGUGUCUGGCAAGUGGGGACAAAGGCCGCCGGCGAAGCCGCCUGGCGCUGAGUCGACGGCCUCAUGCCAACGGAGUGAAGCCAGAUGUCAUGCACCAUAUCUCCACACCACUCGUCUCCAAGGCUCUGAGUAACCGUGGCCAGCACAGCAUCUCGUAUACACUGUCCCGGAGCCACUCUGUCAUAGUGGAAUACACACACGACAGUGACACAGACAUGUUCCAGAUUGGCCGCUCCACAGAGAACAUGAUCGACUUUGUGGUAACAGACACAUCCCCUGGUGGAGGGGCUGCUGAGGGCCCUUCUGCCCAGAGCACCAUCUCCCGCUAUGCCUGCCGCAUCCUCUGUGACCGCCGGCCACCCUAUACCGCCCGCAUCUAUGCCGCUGGCUUUGACGCCUCCAGCAACAUCUUCCUUGGAGAGCGGGCAGCCAAAUGGCGGACCCCUGACGGCCUGAUGGAUGGCCUGACGACCAAUGGAGUCCUGGUGAUGCACCCAGCAGGCGGCUUCUCCGAGGACUCGGCCCCGGGUGUCUGGCGAGAGAUCUCAGUCUGCGGGAACGUGUAUACGCUGCGGGACAGCCGCUCAGCCCAGCAGCGGGGGAAGCUGGUGGAAAACGAGUCCAACGUGCUGCAGGACGGCUCGCUCAUCGACCUGUGUGGGGCCACACUGCUGUGGCGCACGCCUGCAGGGCUGCUGCGGGCACCCACGCUGAAGCAGCUGGAGGCCCAGCGGCAGGAGGCGAAUGCAGCACGGCCCCAGUGCCCUGUGGGCCUCAGCACCCUGGCCUUCCCCAGUCCGGCCCGUGGCCGCACAGCGCCUGACAAGCAGCAGCCCUGGGUCUACGUGCGUUGCGGCCAUGUCCACGGCUAUCAUGGCUGGGGCUGCCGGCGUGGGCGAGGCCCCCAGGAGCGGGAGUGUCCUCUCUGCCGCCUUGUGGGGCCCUACGUGCCCCUCUGGCUCGGCCAGGAGGCCGGCCUCUGCCUGGACCCUGGGCCGCCUAGCCAUGCCUUUGCACCCUGCGGCCAUGUCUGCUCAGAGAAGACUGCCCGCUACUGGGCCCAGACACCACUGCCCCAUGGCACCCACGCUUUCCAUGCUGCCUGCCCCUUUUGUGGGGCCUGGCUCACUGGCGAGCAUGGCUGUGUCCGCCUCAUUUUCCAGGGGCCACUGGACUAGGCUCCCCCGGAUCCCCUGCUCUCAUGUCCGUCUGCCCACCUAGGUCCCCCACCUCCUGCAGCCCAGAGGGAGCUCUGCAUGUGGGACUUACCUGCUGGCAUGUAGCCACACCAGUGGACAAAUGGAUGGGCUGUCACUUCCCCCUGACUUUGGUGGCCCAAGGGGGUCCCCAAGAUGUCUAUUCCAGUCAUACUGAUAGGGCUUUCAGCACCAGCUCUGUCCUGGGCUGAGGGAGGAAAGCCCAGCCCCUGCCCCUGCCCUUCUUGGGGUAUCCCACAUCAUGCCGCCUACACUGUGCCCCUGGGGGAGUGAAGGGGCCCCAGGACCCUGACCCCCAGCUUAGGCUGGCUGUGCCCUGAGCCUGCCAACCCAGUUCCAGAUACUCAUCCUUCCUGCUGCUGCCCUGGGUUUCUCUAUAAACCUCGCUACUCAGCUGCUGUCAUAAAUCCCACAUGUCCCACAUACGUGCAAUGCUCCAGCCCCUGAGUGGGUGAUAGGUGGGCAGCAGGCAGGGACUGGCACUUGCUGAUACCUGCUAUGGGCUGAACUCCUUGCCAAGUGGGCUGUGGGAAUGCAGAGACUGAGAUGCAGCUCCCCACCUCGUGGAGUUCAUGGUCUUGAGGAAGAUAGACCAAAUGACAGCCCAGCCUCAUGUGUGCUAGGAUCAGAGGAUUAUAGAGGGCUAUGGAGCAGUCCUCUCUGGUGGUGGCCAAGUGAGGGGGGCGCGUCACAGAGGUGGUGGCAGAGGAGCUCAGUGUCAAAGGCUGCUCCAAAUGCUUCAGGGUCACAGGGCGGAAAGGGUGCUUUGUGCAGAAGGGAGAGCCCAUGCACAGGCUCUGGGUAGGUAAGCAGGGUCGGCGUGACUGACCAGGGCGGCCAAAGCAUGGGCUGCAGGUGGGCAAAGAGGGCUGGCGUAAGAGGUUAGGGCCAUGCUGACAGAGGAAGGUGCUGGAUGGAGUCUGGCCCUUAUUUGUGGAUAGUCGGGAGUCAACAAAGCAAAGAAGAUGCAUGGCUCCCAAGCAUUGGCUGCGACAAGGGCUACCAUUACUGAAUGCCCACCACGCGCCCCACAUUGUGCUGAUGAUAAUAACUACGUUCCCUGAGCACUCACCAGGCACCGGGCUCCGAGGUUUUGUUAUUUAAUCCUCACCCAGGGAAGGAGAUUGAGGCGCAUGUACCAAGUCACACAACUGUAACAGAAAGUGGCCACACCGAGACACCAGCUGCCCUGCUGGCGUCAGAGCCUGUCCCUCAUGCUGUGCUGUUUUCCUUCAGUGGGGCGGGGGUGAACUGAAUGGGGUUUUGGAGACUGUUCCAUCAAGAGCUGGAGAAUGGACUGGUGGGUCCACUAACCCACCUAUACGGUGCCCAGUCCCAUGCAGGGCCCUAGCAAUGAGCAUGGCCCUGCCUCCCGGAGCUCACAGUCUGAGAGCGGCCCUGCACCUGGUUGCUGGGAGCUGACUGCUACACCCGUACAGGCCACCUGUGCACCAGGCCAGAUGCAGUGGGCUGUCAACCAGGGAGGUGUUCUAGGGAGAGAGCCAGGGGGCUCCUAAAAACGCACAGGGAGGACUUGGAGGCUGGGCCACAAGUUAAAUGGCAGAGUAAUUCCAGAGGCAAGGAGGAGUAGGGGGAGGGGGAAGAUGCACGGUGUGGCUGGGAAAUGCUUAACGACCAGUGAACUCAGUGUGGAGCAGAGAAGAGGAUGUGGGGCUGGGUGGGCCUUGGCUGUCAUGGAAGCUAAAUCCAAACUGGACCCCUGUUUAUCCUGGUGAUGGGCCACCUCUUCCUGUGAGCAAAGGACCAAGAUUGGGGUGUUGCUGGAGUUGGCCCAGACAUUCCUGGACUGAGUGUCAGGAAGCCAGGCAGACAAACCCAGGGAUAUGAAAAGAAAAGGCGCUGAGUACAAGCCUGACCUGGGCAUCCUCAGCAGAAGAUAGAUGCUGGACCCUUAUGCAGUGCAGGUUCCAAGGGGAGGGGGCUGCCCAAGACCACACAGCUGGUUACAAACCAGACCUGGGCUGUUGAGGAUAGGAGGCAUCCACAUGUGGUGAGACGAGGGAGAUGUGAUUGGAUUCCUGAUUCUAGAGCAUUACCCUGCUACAGUGGAGGGGUGGGAAGCAGGUGGGGAAGCUGGAACUGGCAUGGGUGCAUUUCAGCUCCCUCACACACACGAAGCACUAGAAAUCCAGCUCUUCCCGGUUCUCUUCUGCUCUUGUAGGGACCAGUCCGAGCCCCAUCGUAAGCAGGAAACUGCAGACUUGGGGGUGGGAGGCAGGCAGAGGGCAUCACCUAGGGCACGGGGGAGCUCAGAGGUCGUGAUGGAGGGUGUCACACAGUCCUGGUCUUGUCCCAGCUCUGUACUUUCCCAGUUCCUGGAGCCUCAGUUUCCUUAACUGUUAAAUAGAAAAACAGUCCCUACCUCAUCAGGUGGUUGCGAAUGUAUGGAGGGCACCUGUAACAUACUAAAUACUUAGUGCUGUUACUUUUCCACCAUCCCCAUUUUCAUUCCUCUGGGGAAGAACCAAGGCUGCUGAGGAUGGUGCUGACCCCAGUGAGUAGUUGGGGGUAGUGGUGUGUGUGUGUGUGUGUGUGUGUGUGUGCGUGUGUGUGUGUGUACUGGGGGCAGGGGGAAAGGACAAUGUGGUGGAAGGUUUGAAUAAAGAUAAGCCUCAAUUCAGAGAUACCUGAAGACGAUGUGUGGCCUUAGGGAAUUCAGUGCACCUCAGCCUCAGUUUCCCCAUCUGUACAACGAAUAAAACAAUGAUAUCCAA